AUGGCUUUCGGAGAACUCAGCGAGACCCAAAUCAAAGAAGUUGAAGAAAUACAAUAUCAACUUCUUGUCGCUUACGAGCAGUUCAGUGUGUUCGGUACCUGGCCCAGACUGGGGAAGUUGCUGCUCAGAAACCGUUGGAAAAAAUACCUACAAUUCUUGAAGAACCAAGACGAUGUGAUUUUGCCAUUGAUCAGAGCCCGGAAGAAGUUGAGACAAGAGAGAGGCAAGGCAUUCGAACUGAUUUCUUACACAGAUUCCUUGCUGGACUUGAAAAUCUCCGAAGAGAAAGGUAAUCUGGAAGAAGCAGAUGUUCUGAGCUUGUGCUCGGAGUUCAUCAAUGCAGGAGCCGACACAAGUACAACGAUGCUGCAGUGGGUUUUGGCAUAUUUAGUGAAACACCCACGAAUUCAAUCCAAACUUUUUGCAGAAAUCAGCGAGGUGGUGGCAAAAGGAGCGAAAGAAGUUGAGGAAGAUGAUUUGCACAAGAUUCCAUAUCUGAAAGCAGUGGUCCUCGAGAGUCUGAGAAUUCACCCUCCAAACACCUCGUUGAUUCCACACACAGUCAUGGAAGAUGUUGAGCUCUGCGGCUACACAAUCCCAAAAGACACGACGGUGAACAUCGUGACAGCACUGAUCGGGAGAGAUCCAAACGUGUGGGAGAAUCCCAUGGAGUUUAGGCCGGAGAGAUUGUUGACUGGUGAAGACAUUGGAGAAGAAGUGUCCGAUGUAACAGCGUUCAAGAUGAUGCCCUUUGGCGCUGGGAGAAGGAUGUGUCCCGGGAACAGACUAGGAUUACUUCUCCUCCAGUAUCUUGUUUCAAAUCUGGUCUGGAAUUUUGAGUUCAAAACAGUGGAUGGGGAAGGUGUUGAUCUUUCAGAAAAGGAGGAGUUCUUGGUUGUGAUGAAGAAUCCAGGCUUACCAUUUUGCAAGUUCUUUAAGUGGGUGGAUGGUACUUUGGACAUAGAGCAAGAACUUCACCAAAUAAAAAAUGAACUAUUAAGGAAGGAUGAAGAGCUAAAAAGGAUACUCGACGAUAUUCAACAGAGGGAGAUUAAGUUUCGGAAGAGAGCUGAUGCAAUUGAGAAAUUGUUAUCCAAUAUACUUGAGGAGGUUCAGAAGGAGUUGGUGCUUUUAAAGCAAGAAGCUGAAAAUUAG